CGGUUUUAGUGUGUUACAGUGCUAGGAGUGAAAAUCCACACGUAAAUUUUACGUAUCGUUGGCGUUUACCUAUAAAUCACAACACGUAUUUUUGACGUAUGAUUGGCGGAAACCCAAAAUGAGUGCGAAAGAUAUUUUAAGUUCUAAAAAAAAAUUAAGUGAUAAGGAUUUAGAAGAAAUUCUUGCAGCAAGCGAUUUUAGUGAUAUAAGCGAUUCAGAAGAAAAAAAUCCGGAAGAAAUAGAUGCUGAUUAUGACAGCGACGACAGCAUUGCCGAUAGAGAUUAUGUUCCAGAUCCAUUAGAUGAGGAUUCAUACGCUGAGGAGCUGCAAACCAUAUGGAGACGGGGCCAGAAAAGAAUACAAGGUAUUAUUUCCGAAGGAUCGACUGCAAAAAAAGAAAAAUUAGCCAAUGAUGCUAUUCCAUCCACCUCACACUCAGUCAGCUCAUGCUCAGGACGAACACCAUUGAAUGAGGAAAACCAAGAGGAAAGCAUUCUUCCAAAUAAUUUCUUUGGAAAAGAUGGGUAUAAGUGGAGUGAUACACCGCCAAUAUCUGAAAAGGGGAAAACUCCGGCAAGAAAUGUGGUUUAUAUCAGACCUGGUCCAGUUGGCCCAGCUAAAGCGCUUUCUGAGCCUCUCGAUGCGUUUCUUCUAAUUUUCAACGAUGACGUACUGUCAGACAUACUAAUUUAUACGAAUCAAAGAAUAGUUGUCUUGCAAGAAAAGUAUAAAACACAAAACGCAUCCACUUCUCUAACGUCAAUAAGUGAACUGAAGGCUUUAUUUGGACUUUUAAUCUUAGCUGCCGCCUUGAAAAGCAACCACCUCUCAGCUGAACUCCUAUUCGACGAUUCAUUUUCAGGAUCCAGAUAUCGAGCUACUAUGAGUAGAACAAGAUUUCUCUUUUUACAAAAUGCUCUAAGAUUUGAUGACCAAUCAACAAGAGUUGAACGAAGAGCAGCAUCUAAUUUUGCUCCUAUAUCGGAUUUAUGGGAUAAAUUUAUACAUAAUUGCACAGAAAAUUACAAACCAAGUGCAUAUUUGUGUAUCGAUGAGCAGCUAGUUGGUUUUCGUGGGAGGUGUCCAUUCAGAAUGUACAUACCCAAUAAACCGAAUAAAUAUGGUAUAAAGAUCGUAAUGGUCUGUGAUGUGGCAACAAAAUACGUGUUGAAUGCAAGCCCAUAUCUUGGAAAAUCAACAAAAACCAAUGGAGCUCCUUUGGCUAAUUAUUAUGUCGAGUUAUUGACUGCAGCAUCUGUCCAUCUGCUAAAAAAAGAAUGACGACAACUUACUGUCACGUCUGUCCACGAGCACUUUGUGGAGAACAUCAGAUAAAAAUAUGUUAUGAUUGCGUCCAAAAUGUCAAUAAAUAAUAUUACUCACUUUAUAUGUCAUAUUAAGCUUCUUUGUUUUACCUUCUGCAGGUA